AUGGCAGAGUCUUCAACCUGGCGCACUGAUGGCACAGGAACCUGCCUAGUAUCUCCUCAACCACAGAACUUGGAGACAACAGAAAUCCAACUUGGACAUGCAAUGUCCAGCUGGCAAGAGGCCAUUGUGGUCAGUGCGGGUUUGGGCAGAGUGGCAGACCUGCUGUAUGGUGGCUAUGGCAGCCGCAGCAGCCUCUGCCACUGCCACCAUAGUGGUGGCAGUUGCAACACUGUCAUGGCAGCAGCAGUGGCAUCACUCUGUGCACCUCACGUCCCUGUGGGAAUCUUGGCUGCAGUCCUCCAGGCUCAAGACCAAAAAUCCAGUGGGUUCAUGCCAAACUGUGAUUGGUCCAUUGCAGCCAUUAACAGCCCUGUUGUGAGAAAAUUUGGUUCCACCCCCUCUUCUGAGGCUUCUAUAACAUCUGUUCCACCUCCUCUCUUGGCUGUGGCCUGUUUGUCUGGGGAUUAUGGGACAAGAGCUGGGGAUGCUGCCACAAUCAACAACCCACUACAGCUUCAACUGCAACAAGGAGGUUCUGCCUAUGGACCUCUUCAUCCUCACCUGGUACGCUUCCAUCUUUCUGGUCUGUUUCCAAGUGAUGGUGCCAUCCCACAUGCCCUGGUUUCGAGGAUUAGUGCAGCUUCUGACAUAUGAGGUUAUGUUGGAGAAAAUGUCAAGUUGAGAUGUACCUUCAAGUCAUCUUCACAUGUCACUGACAAACUGACCAUAGAAUGUAAGUUCUGUCCUCCUAGCAGCAGUCGCACAAAAUCUGAUUUUCACUAUCAGUCUUUCCAGUACCCAACCACAGCAGGCACUUUUCGGGAUCAGAUCUCCUGGGCUGGAAAUGUAUACAAAGGGCAUGCAUCCAUAAGCAUAAGCAACCCUAACCAUCAGGACAAUAGGACAUUCAGCUGUGCUGUGAAGAAUCUCCCAGAUGUGCACCAUGACAUCCCCCUGACGGAACUAACAAUCACAGAAAGGGGUUUUGGUACCAUGCUGUAAUCUGCGGCCCUUCUUUCUAUUCUUGUUUUCAUUCCCUCAGCAGUAGUUAUUGUUCUGCUGCUUGUGAGAAUAUCAAGGAAGGCUGCAGGGAUGAAAAAGCAGAGAAAGUCUAGCUAUAAGAAAAAUUCUUGGACGUCUGCAGCCGUAGCCACCAUAUCUGCAACACAGAGAGUCCGGGAUGAAAGAGCCAGAUGCGGCAGGAUUAAAGUUAAAGAAAAUCCCCAGAUAUUUGUUAAAGAGUGGUUCAUAGCCUUACCUAAUGACAUGGGAGGCACUGGUGGACCCCAGAAUAAGGUGUACAGUCUUCUUGUGAAACACUCUGGAAACCUGUGGAAGUGGAAGGUGGUGCAGAACAAAGAGGAAGAUUUAAACGAUAAAAAGGAAUAG